UGAACCUUCACCACGAAACUUUCUUUCUUCUACGUCUACAAAAUCUUUGACCUCUUGCCUGGCGGACUGUGUACAUAGUCGCCACUCUUCACAUUCCUUGGCGUUCACGAUUUUACGACUUUAGAUUCUUGAUCUCCUUCAACUUUACUUUUUUUUCUUCUCAUUCGGUCAAUCAGUCUUUUAUGACUUUCUUCCUUUUUAUUACUCUUGUUCUUCUGAGGUUCGGCAUCGUUCGUGCGCUAUCACUUUAUCACCUGCGCACCUAGGUAAUCUAAUUCACUUAACCCCAGUAAACAAACUGGCCUCGUCAAACCCCACGAACUCUAGACUUCAGAGGUUAUUAGGUUUCUACUUAAUUCCUCGUCGCAUCUGAUUCAUCACCUCAUUACAUACCUAUUCUUCUCACCACUUCUUUAUCCAUCAUACACAACUUCAUCGCGACAGUCUUGUUGUCAUUUACCAUCACCCUUAAGUCAGCAUGGCGCCCCGAACACGUUCGGCGGCUGCUAAGAGUCGCCGCGACAUAAGUUUCUCUGGUGAAGCUAAUAUCCCAUUCAAUCUUCACAUCAGCUACGGCGAGACAUCGUCCGCGCCUACACCCACUUCGCUUUCUGAUGGCGAAGUUUCGACGGCUGCUACUAGCACCACGCAGACUCCGGCUGCUAUUAAGAAUGGUUCUGCCGAUGGCACUCGGUGUGGAGUUAAAGUUCCUGUCACCGUUAACGUUAACCGUGACUUUGCUUUAUUUACCCCAACUACUUCGCUUUCCUCCGGCGAAGUUUCACUACCGGUCUCACUACCUUCCAUGAAUAACGUACAGACUCCGGCGUCAGCUACCGAGCCGAGACGCCGAGUGGUUAUUGAAUUGCCCCCAAAGCCCUCUGAUUCCUCGGAGGGAAAAGGCAAUAUGCCUGAUGGAUCUAAUCCUCCCGGUCCAUCUAGACGUAUUAGACGCCGAGCUGGUCCUUUCUACAAGGACUCGGACGAAGAAGAAGAUGAGGACGAUGCUGACUAUUUCCCUGGCGAUCGCUCUCGGGGUGCAGCACGAGCACGCCAACUUCAACGUGAGGAGGAUACGAUGGUGACACCUUCUGUCGGCGACUCCAUUGCACGAGGCACGAAACGACACAGAAGAGGGGCUGCUCUACACAACCCUCAUUAUUUUCCUCCCGAGGAGUCAUCACGUUCGGAUGAGUUGGGAAUGUAUGAUGAUACACGCGAUUACAGCGAUGAUAGCAGUGAAGAUAGUCUUGAAGAUGAUGCGGAUGAUGAUACAGAUGAUGACAUGCCAUCCACAAACUUUAUGUCGCGUACACGGGGUCCGGUGCGCAAGCGACAGAGGAGAGACUCGAAGGGAAACACUGCUGGCUACACAUCUGACGACGCCGCCGAGGUGGCUGCCUACCAGGGUGAUAUUCGUUGCGCUCCCGAGCAUAUCAUCAGAUUUGUGGCCGUAGAGCAAGUUUGGCCGGAUAAACUCGCAGUCAAAAGACGCAUGCUAGAACUGCGUCAUCCGAAGCUUGAGUCAAUGUGGACCGACCUGGAGCAAAUACCUGCUGUUGACAUGGAAAAAGCUGUUCAACCAGCCAAUAUUAAGCGAGCUUUAAAGCCAUUCCAACUAACGGGAUUGGCCUGGAUGAAAGGCAUGGAAGCACAAGAAUGGAAGGGCGGCGUACUUGGAGACGAGAUGGGUCUCGGCAAGACAAUUCAAGCCGUGUCACUGAUAAUGUCAGACUACCCAGCCAAAGCGCCAUCGUUGGUACUUGCGCCCCCUGUCGCUUUGAUGCAGUGGAUCCACGAAAUUGAAUCCUACACCAGUGGACAACUGAAGACGUUGAUGUACCACGGUACCAACCUCAAAUCUAAGAAGAUGACCCUCAAAGAGCUUAAGAAGUUUGAUGUCAUCAUCAUGUCGUACAACUCGCUCGAGGCAAUGUACCGAAAGCAGGAGAAGGGUAUAUUCAGAAGCGAGGGCACGUACAAGGAGAAGAGUGUGAUGCACCAGUUGAAGUUUCAUCGUGUCAUUUUAGAUGAGGCUCACUGCAUCAAGUCCCGAAAUUCCGGGACUGCCAAGGCAUGUUUUGCCCUCCAAGCAACGUACCGCUGGUGCUUGACUGGAACGCCUUUGCAGAAUCGAAUUGGAGAAUUCUUCUCUCUGCUGCGCUUUCUCAACUUGAAACCAUAUGCUUUUUACGUCUGCAAAUCAUGUCCUUGCGAAUGCCUGGAAUGGGCCCCUGACGAGGAGGAACUCUGCACUUCCUGUGGACAUACUAUGUUAAUGCACGUAUCGGUCUUCAACCAAGAGAUCCUUUCGCCGAUUAAAAACAAUCCCGGAACCCCUGAAGCGGACGACGCGCUUGGUAAACUCAACCUCUUAACCGGCCGACUCAUGUUACGUCGUCUCAAGAAAGAUCACAUGAAUUCCAUGGAGCUUCCCGUCAAGGAGAUCCACGUCAACCGUCAAUUCCUCAGCGAGGAAGAGACCGACUUUGCCAAUAGUAUCAUGAACAAUAGUCGAAGACAGUUCAAUAGUUAUGUGGAGCAAAGGGUUGUGCUCAAGCACUAUGCCAAUAUCUUUAGCUUGAUCAUGCAGAUGCGUCAGACGGCCGACCAUCCGGAUCUGAUUUUGAAGAAGGAUAGUGAAGGUGGACAGAACGUGCUAGUCUGCUGCAUAUGUGACGAACCUGCAGAGGAAGCGAUUCGAUCCAAGUGCAAGCAUGACUUUUGCCGUUCUUGUGCGAAGAGUUACAUUGAUUCCCAGGACGAACCUGAUUGUCCGAAAUGUCAUAUCCCGCUGUCUAUUGACCUCGAACAGCCCGAGAUCGAGCAGGACUCAGAACUUAUCAAGAAAUCCUCCAUCAUCAACCGAAUCAAGAUGGAGAACUGGAAAUCGUCUACUAAGAUUGAGAUGCUCGUUCAUGAGCUCUACCGACUGCGGUCGGACAAGAUGUGUCACAAGUCGAUCAUCUUUUCACAGUUUACCUCGAUGCUCCAGCUGAUUCAAUGGCGUCUCCAACGAGCCGGGAUUUCGACGGUGAUGCUUGAUGGGAGCAUGAAUCCUGCUCAGAGGCAAGCCUCUAUCGAUCACUUCAUGAAGAACGUCGAUGUGGAGUGUUUCCUGGUGUCUCUCAAGGCGGGCGGCGUCGCGCUCAAUCUCACUGAAGCCUCGCGGGUUUUCAUCGUUGACCCGUGGUGGAAUCCUGCGGCCGAAUGGCAGUCGGCUGACCGAUGCCACCGCAUUGGACAGACGCGCCCCUGUAUUAUCACGCGCCUUUGCAUCGAGGACUCGGUAGAAAGCCGAAUGGUGCUGCUUCAAGAGAAGAAGUCUCGGCUGAUUAACUCCACAGUCAAUGCGGCAACGGGCUCAUCCACUUUGGAGACCCUCUCGGCCGAUGAUCUCUUUUUCCUCUUCAAGAUGGACUAAUCCAUUUCUAUAAUGGAUAUAUUUGGACCUGUACGAUAUGACACAGGGGAUGUAGUACAAGAUACUACUAUAGGGUCAAGGGAGUACGGGCGUGCGGGAACAUGGACAUUCGAUUAUUGGGGGGAGAGGCUAUCUUGCAAAAGACGACGCUAAUGAAGAUUUCUGCACAACGGACUGCAGAUGAUGCAUGUAUGAUACGAAAACCAUCACAUUGCUUGGGAGCUGACGCUAUUACCUGAGAGGUACCAUUUUCAACAAGGGCUUGAAGUGCCAGAAAGGAUGGCGUCGACCUGUCCAACUACCUGCCAAUGCACCUGGUUGGUAAGGUCAUCUUUUCUGAUACUUCGCUCUUAGGUGCCCACUUACCCUAGGUAGUUAGCUAUGGCUUUCACUUCCCUGCCUAUCUGAAUAGUAAUUCGGAUAAUUCCCCCGAUACGACUUGAAAUUCCUCGUGAACGUGACACAAAUGCUUUAUCCAUAUCAGUA